GUCACGCAGAUAUACACUGUGUUCUUAUUUGGGAUCAGAUAACGCUUCAGCGAACUAUUUCAGUACAUUAUUUCAGCAAAGCGAGAAUCACUCCUAUAAACAAAUAUGAAUCUGCUCCUGAUAUUCAUCCUUCUGCUUGGGACAAUUUAUUCUCAAGGACCAAACAGCACGGACCGGCCCGACAUUUACGGGCUCAUUAAUAUGCUGUACCUGAAGGCAGACGCAAACCUUGAUGGGCAAAUCACGCGCGCGGAGCUCUCUGACGUCUUCCAGGCAUUCGACAAGAAUAGCGACGGCACAGUGACCAAUGGCGAGUUUGAGGAGCUAUGGAUGGCCCUGACCAGCCAGACUCAGGCCUUAGCCAACGCCAACUUUCACUUGGCUGACCUCAACGACGACAAGGUCAUUGACCAGAAGGACUAUCCCAUCGUCUACACGGUGUUCGACCUCAACCAUGACGGGGCGGUGUCAUCCAGAGAGUUUGUGCAGAAAUGGGAAGAUAUCGUGCGCGAGACGCCGUUCGCCGUGCUGUUCGAGAGGUCAGACAAGAACCACGAUGAGUUCCUGACACAGGCCGAGUUCAGAACGUUCUUCCAGUCCUUUGAUAUGGACGGCAACCAUCGUAUCGACAACCGUGAGUUUGAUGCUGGCUGGGCGCAUGCCGACUUUGCCCUGCAGUCGGACGCCGACAGUCUGUUCCGGUAUAUCGACUCCAACGGCGACCACUACAUCACCGACGCCGACAUGGAUAAGCUGUUUGGCCAGUACAACGCAAAUGCUGACGACAAACUGUCUCUGCAAGAAAUAAUAGUGAUGAAAAGUCUGCUUAUGUUGAAUCCGGUUGGUCCCGGUGGCAAGUAGAACACAACAACAACAACAAGAGGAAGAACAGCAGUAACAGCAAAAACAACAAGAUGAUGCCAUUUAUAUGACAUCUUUCGUUGCAGCCUGUGUUGUUAUACAUAUUUGGCAACGUUUUUAAUUAAAAAUAAAAUAUAUUCACUUA